AUGAAGAACAAGUUCGUCAACUCUGCCAGACACGUUUGGGAUCGAGCCGUUUAUCUUCUCCCUCGCGUGGACCUGCUCUGGUACAAGUACUCACACAUGGAGGAGAUGCUCGGGAACAUCGCCGGAGCCAGACAGAUAUUCGAGCGGUGGAUGAACUGGUCACCGGAUCAACAAGGCUGGCUCUCGUUUGCUAAAUUCGAGCUGCGGUAUAACGAAACAGAGCGUGCGAGAUCCAUCUACGAGAGGUUCUUUCUUUGCCAUCCCAAAGCUUCUUCCUUUAUCAGAUAUGCAGAGUUUGAGGUCAAGUGCGGUGAAGUUUCCCGUGCGAGGGAUGUCUACGAACGAGCCAUGGAGAAGCUUGAAGGAGGCUAUGAAGAAGCAGAGAUGCUCUAUCUUGCCUUUGCUGAAUUCGAACAAGGAUGCAAUGAGUUCCAACGUGCUAGGGUUAUCUACAAGUUCGCUCUUGAUCAUAUCCCUAUAGGAAGAGCAGAGGAACUCUACACAAGGUUUAUUGCCUUUGAGAAACAGCACGGGGACAAGCAAGGGAUUGAGGACGCCAUUGUCGGGAGGAGGAGGACACUUUAGUACAAGAUGAUGCUCGUAGAUUUAAGAAACACAAGUUUUUUUGAAUUGAUUCUCUCAUGUCUCUCUGUUUUGUUAUUCAUCUCGAAUUGGUUUGGUUGAGUGAUUAGGCAUAAUAUACCCGAUAGAGACUGAAAUAACUUUUUGUGUGGAUAAGAAGAAAAAGACUAUAUGAAGGAACGAAAAUGCCUUUUAUCUCUCUCUCUCUCUGGCUAGUUACGUUUCUUACAUCUACUCUGACAUUCUCUCUUUUUUUCCCUACCCCACCUCUUACGCUUUUUUUCUCUUUUUCUUUAUUCCACGUUUUUACUCACAUACACCUCUUUCUUCUUUAACAUCUUUUUUUUUUCCAUUUUUGAUUGUACUUGGGCUUGAACUUGUCCUGCGCUACACCCGAAUUUUUUUUUUUUUUUUUAACUCUGAAAAAUUGCAUUAUAUAGUUUAGUCUAAAGACUAUAACAUCCAAACAGAACCGAGAAAAACAUAAACAGAAAAGCAAAAACAUAGAGUACUAAACCAAGAAUAUCACCAUCCAACCAGAACGAAUAUUUCAUAGCCUCCCCGUCAUAUCUUCCAGAAACCCAUCCUCUUAAUCAUCUUCCCUGCUUAUCAUCUUCCAACAAAGCACACAUCCACUCGGGAGCUCCUCGAGCAACGUAAGACUGAUACCUCAUCUCCAUGGUUACACUGUCCGCUAUCUUCGCAGCACAUCUGUUCACUCUUACUGAUGCACCGCUCAAACUCCACUCAUUUAUUUUCUCCAGUGCAUUUCUCAACUUUGUUCCUUGGUAUCUAAACGCUGGCCAAGCUUUUGGUCUCAGAACCACUCCAACUAAAUCCAUAGCCUCCGUUUCAAAAAUUACUUUAUGCAGGCGGUGGCUUGCCAUUGACUCAAUCGCCCACAUUAAUCCCAGAAACCUUCCCUCGGCUAGAGAGUUUACAUUCCCAAAAGCUCUCCUACUGUGUAAUAAGACAUCACCAUGCUCGUUACGAACGAUCCAUGAUGCCCCCAUCAACCAGUUCCUUUUUGACCAUGAAACGCCUACAUUACACUUAACGAGACCUUCUCUUGGGGUUUCCCAUCUACUUAGACUUCCAGAGUUAUGGUCUAUUGUCCCACUCCGUGACAACUCAAGCUUUUGAGCAUCAAACGACUCCUUUGAAUCCUCCCUCACUUUCAUAACUGUGUCCUCUGCUGAAAACUCUCUCCCUUCAGAGAUAAAAACGUUUCUGUUCUUCCAGAGCAUCCACAAGAUCCAAGGAAAGGACCUUGGAUUUUUUUUUAUAUCAUAAUUUAAAUUAAAUCAUUAUAAUUUGGUAUUUGAAUAUAUCUGUUAUCAAAGCAAACGCUUCAAAAAUUAGAACUCUCUUGUUUAUCUCUCUAAAAAAACCUCUCUUCUUUGAGAUCUCAUUUGUUUCUUUCCGGUGAAUCGGCUCCGGUUUCUUUCUCUAGAACCGGAGCCGGUCUUCUAUUUCUGAUCCUCUUAGUGUAUCGUUUGUUGGUGUAAAGAUAGGUGAAUCGGCGGUGUUCAUAUGCUCUUUUGUUUGGGAUUAAGUCCUAUUUACAGCAAAAAGUUCCAGAUCUACUAGAUGGUCGGUGUGGCUCUUGUCCACUUAUGCUUUUUGUCUGUAAAUUGAUUCUAGAUCUGCCGAAUCUGAUGCUUUCGUGUUGUUUUGUGUCUCGUUGGCUCAUUUCUCUAUUUGCAUGGCUCUGUUUUCUCCUUUUGAUCUCUUUGGGGUCACUCUGGGUUCGAUCUUUUGCUAAUCUGUUCUAGGUUAGCUUUGCAUGGUGUUGAUUGGAUCGCUCCUUGUCAUCUCCCUUGAGAUCUGAUCGAGGUCUCACCUUCUCAUAUAGCUUCCUCUUUGGCGUCUAUUCGGUCGCUCUACUGCUUCCUCGCCAUAUCUGAUUCUCUGGUCUAGGGCCUUUUGGAGGAUUCGUUUAUCUACUUGAUGGUGACAAUCUUCUACCUAAGAUUGCAAGGAGAUCUGGUGGUCAUGCGUUUGGAUAUGAGCUCAUCUUUUUUUUUAAACUCGUAAUUGCAUCUUUGUAGCCUUUGGUUAUCUUUGAUCUUUGUAAAGGUUCCCUUUGUUUAGGGCUUUAAUUCCAGAAAACUUAGGUUUUGCCGGCCUUGUC